UCUCUCUCUCUAUUCCAUCAUUCAUCUUAUAAAUCCUCCAUCAAAUAGAAAAUUUCCACUUGGGACCUAUGAAUUUUCCCACCGUCCAAACAUUUUUUUCGCUACAAGYUUGGUGAGGAAGGAGACUAGGGAGAAGAAAGCUUAGGACAAAUUGAAAUUUGUCUUUACUUGAAAAGGAGCUUUGGAUUGAGUUGCUUCGAUUAAAGUUUGGUGUCUUCUAUMCAUAUACGCAUAUAGCCAGCCUAAUGGAGAAAGACGAUAACUACUCAAGCGAUCCCAUGCCUCCAAGUUUCUCCAGCCACCACCACAGCGAUCUCUACAACCAGCCAGACCCAUCUCACCACCACCAAGACCAAUUCAUGAGGUCUCGCCUCCUCGAAACUUCCGGCGAAAACGGCGCCGGAGUCCUCAGCUACUUCCCGACAAAUCCCCUGCCGCCGCCACCGCUGCAACCGAUAACUUCUCUCGACAAGCUCAGCUUCGCCGAGGUGAUGCAGUUCGCAGACUUUGGGCCGAAGCUGAGCCUGAACGCACAAACUAACAACAACAACUUCAUCGAGGAACUAAACGAGGAGGCKGGCGGGAUCGACCCGGUGUACUUCCUGAAGUUCCCGGUGCUGAACGAGAAAUCGUCGGAGGAGGGACCGGGAGUGGGAGGAGGCGGCGGGGAACAGGAGGACGAGGAGAAUUGCAGGAAUAACAAUGGGAGUAAGAAUAAGAGGAAGAGGGGGAGGAGUGUGAAGACGAGUGAGGAAGUGGAGAGCCAACGGAUGACUCAUAUUGCUGUAGAGAGGAAUCGGAGGAAGCAAAUGAAUGAGCAUCUUCGCGUCUUGCGCUCUCUCAUGCCUGGUUCUUACGUUCAAAGGGGAGAUCAAGCUUCCAUAAUCGGAGGAGCAAUCGAGUUCGUGAGGGAGCUGGAGCAGCUUCUCCAGUGCCUAGAGUCGCAGAAACGGCGUCGUCUCUUAGGAGAACCCCCAUUGCAAGGCGGCGACCUGCCGCCGCAACCGCCAUAUCUGCCGCCGGGUGCCGAGAGCCAAAUGUUCGAAACGACGACGACGGCGGCGGCGGCGGGGCUGCUCCGGGAGGAAACGGCGGAGAGCAAAUCGUGCCUUGCUGACGUGGAAGUGAAGGUUCUAGGAUUGGACGCGAUGAUCAAGAUUCUGUCGAGGAGACGACCGGGACAGCUCAUCAAAGCCAUAGCCGCUCUCGAAGAUCUGCAACUCARUAUUCUUCAUACCAAUAUCACCACCAUUGAACAAACUGUUCUCUAUUCAUUCAACGUCAAGAUAGCAAGCGAGUCAAGAUUCACAGCGGAAGAUAUAGCGACCUCAGUUCAGCAGAUAUUCAAUUUUAUUCAUGCGAACACCGGCAUGUGAUGCACUGAAUUAAACCCAUAAUAUUAUUAUUCUCUACUUUAUUUAUUUUUUAUGUUUUUUCAAUAUUUUUGUUUUAUUGUUUCAAACAAAAUAAAAUAAAAUUCCCUCUCUCUCAAAAGUAUCUACAAGACACUUCCAAUGCCUCAUUAUUAUUUUUCUUAUGUAAAAAAUUAAAUUUGAA